GAGGAGAAGGAGAGAGAAAGUGAGGAGAGAAGUUGUGUUUAGACUCUCCGGAGCGCUUUUAUUUACUUGUUAUCCGCUCUAUAACACAGUUACAGUGCUAUUGUACUGUAUAGUGCUCUAAACCGCAGCGUUCAGUUCAGUUUUACUGCGGAACCUCUGAAGAGGCAGUUCAGCCGGACUGUGGAGUAAAGGCGCUUCUCCGCGGACUGAGAGCUGCUGCUGCUGCUGAGUUUCCUCGCGCCUGUCUGCAGCAGCUCGGCCGGACCUCGCGUGUGAGUUGAACACGGAGGGUGUUCUGAUCUUCCCGGCGCUCGUGCACUGCGUCGUCUCCCGCUGUGAGUGCUGGGGACUGCUGCGCUCUGACCGGGAGCACCGCGAACCGGGAGUCUGUUGUCAUGGCUACUGAGGACGCCAUGUCCGCGAGCUCUGUGUGAACCAAAUGAAAAUCUUCUCCUGAAAUUCAUCACCAACAACCAGGACAGACAAAGAGCAAUGUUAAAUUGCUGAAAGAGGUGAAGCAAAAGCCGUCCAGAAGAAUCUCCAGAACACGCAGAAACAGUUUGAUACAUUUAACAGACAAAUGAAGCCAAGUCCCAACAUGGAGAAACAUCAGCACUCUGCCAAGAGUUUUACUAAACAGAGUAAUCUCAAAAACCACCAGCGCAUUCACACAGGAGAGAAACUGUAUCACUGCUCAGACUGUGGGAAGAGUUUUACUAAACAGAAUACUCUUAAAAAACACCAGCGCAUUCACACAGGAGAGAAACCGUAUCACUGCUCAGAUUGUGGGAGGAGGAGUUUCACUCAACAGAGUAGUCUCAAAAACCACCAGCGCAUUCACACAGGAGAGAAACCGUAUCACUGCUCAGAUUGUGGGAGGAGUUUCACUCAACAGAGUAGUCUCAAAAACCACCAGCGCAUUCACACAGGAGAGAAAACAUAUUACUGCUCAGACUGUGGGAAGAGUUUUAAUAAACAGAAUACUCUAAAAAAACACCAGCGCAUUCACACAGGACAGAAACCGUAUCACUGCUCAGACUGUGGGAGGAGUUUUUCUGAACAGGGUAAUCUCAAAAAACAUCAGCGCAUUCACACAGGAGAGAAACCGUAUUACUGCUCAGAGUGUGGGAAAAGUUUUAAUAAAAAGAGUAUUCUUCAAAAUCACCAGCGCAUUCACACAGGAGAGAAACCGUAUUACUGCUCAGAAUGUUGGAGGAGUUUUUCAGAACAGGGUAAUCUCAAAAAACACCAGCGCAUUCACACAGGUGAGAAACCGUAUUACUGCUCAGAGUGUGGGAGAAGUUUUACUCAACAGAGUAAUCUCAAAAUACAUCAGCGCAUUCACACAGGAGAGAAACCGUAUCACUGCUCAGACUGUGGGAAAAGUUUUAAUAAAAAGAGUAUUCUUCAAAAUCACCAGCGCAUUCACACAGGAGAGAAACCGUAUUACUGCUCAGAAUGUUGGAGGAGUUUUUCAGAACAGGGUAAUCUCAAAAAACACCAGCGCAUUCACACAGGAGAGAAACCGUAUUACUGCUCAGAGUGUGGGAGAAGUUUUACUCAACAGAGUAAACUCAAAAUACAUCAGCGCAUUCACACAGGUGUGAAACCGUAUCACUGCUCAGACUGUGGGAAAAGUUUUAAUAAAAAGAGUAUUCUUCAAAAUCACCAGCGCAUUCACACAGGAUAGAAAACUAUCCCAAAUCUGUUUCAAUUAAAAGUGCGAAUCGUAAAACUUUCAGACGGAACACCUUAACCUACACAAAUGUUUAACUUUAUCACUUGGGACACGUUCUAGCAGAAAACUGAAUUUAACAAUGGAUUUUACAGGUUCUGCAAAAUGAAUCUUAUCCAGGGAUGAUGCUUAUUAAAUUCCAUGUUAUGUUUUCUCGUAUGUUAGAUGUUCCAGGACAUUCUUUGUGAGACACAGCUCAGUGCUUAGGGUAGUUACUGUUGGAGUUCAGUUCUGAAGAAGGGAAAAAACUUACUCUGUAAAAUUUAGAUGUCAUAGUUGUUAGGAGUAGAGGAGGAUUAUUAGCUUGCAACUAAAUGUUUAGGACCAAAUCUUCAGAGCUUAUGAUUUGAAUGCUUUUAAUUUAUUUUCUAGUAUAUGCAGAUUUGCUUAUUUCUAUUAAUUUCUAGUAUCUCUGUUUUCACUCUGUGGAAGCCGUCCUCAGUUCCCCGGGCUAAGCAUAGCUUAUCUUAAUGCUAUUAACUGCUAGACCCAUCUGCAUGAAAGAAGAAGUGAAAACACCACCUGAGGAACUCCAGAGUGUGCUCUCAAAAGUGAGACCCAGAUCCACAGAGACGACACUGUUCCGGGUACUGCUGUGUGGACCGGAGGAGCAUCCAGACCCCGCAGAGAGGCCAACAAAAUCCUUUACAGAGGUUAAAUAAAACGCUCAAGCUGUAGUUCUCAUACUGAAUCAACCCCCUCCAGGUUUGUGUAGCGCAGUAAGGUUGCAGGCUCAUUCAUUCCCUCUGCUGGUGUUCUUGUUGGUCUAUGGUUCAGUCGUUCUGAUUAAAAAUCUGUUACCAUAGAGGGAUGGUUGGUUGUUGUAUUACUCAAGUUUUAUGCUCUCUUAUCUUUUCCUUAUUGAGUAUUAUAUGUUGCUGAAGGUUUUUAAUCUUCAAAUUUAUUAAGAAUAUCCAAAUCAUUUAGUUUCUUAAUUGUUUUUAUCCUCUACAAACUAUUAUCUUUAUAUUGUUUCACCUCUAUAUUUACUCAUCUGUGUGUUUUAUUAAACUACUUUUAUAUUGCAGAUCUGCAGUCUCAUUGUGUUUUCUCAACAUAUGUUUGACAUGAAACCUAUAGGCCUGAGAUUGUCUUCUGUUAUUACUUGUUAAAUACUCAAAGGCGCCCAGCAGAGAAAUCCAGUGUGAAAUUGGAGUGAAACGUAAAAGUCAACUUAAGAUUGAAAUAUAUAUAUUUUUAAUGGUUCAGGCUUAAAAGGGUUAAAUAUACAAUUACUUUCAAAGGUAGCGUAACAUGGGUUUAACUUGUAUUCAUAUGUUUAU